ACUCUGCCUCCAUCUCACAAACGUGUCGUGCUACUCGUCAUCGACGCCCUACGCUUUGACUUCCUUUCCCCCGACCCGCCUUCCCCGCCUUCGCCUUACCACCACAAUGUGUUGCGCUUACCCGCAGAGCUGAGCGCUCAACAGCCCGACAGGUCGUUCUUAUUUACGUCCUUCGUGGAUCCGCCGACUACGACCCUCCAGCGAAUCAAAGGCAUCACCGCAGGUUCCCUACCAACUUUCGUGGAUAUGGGCUCUAACUUCGGGGGCUACUCGAUUCUGGAGGAUUCUGUGGUUGGGCAGCUUCGUGCUGCGGGCAAGAAGAUCGCGUUUAUGGGAGAUGACACCUGGACGACAGUGUUUCCCACCUCCUUCGAACCAAACAUGACCUUUCCGUACGAUUCAUUCAACGUUGAAGAUCUGCACACCGUCGAUGAAGGCGUUAUCGAACACCUCUUUCCUCUGCUGAAGGACCACUCGAACUCAUGGGAUUUCAUCAUUGGCCAUUUCCUUGGUGUGGACCACGUCGGUCAUAGAGUUGGUCCCGAUCACCCUGUCAUGAAGACGAAGCUCGAGCAGAUGGACCACAUCCUACGGGAUGUUGUAGAUUUGCUGGACGAUGACACGCUCUUGGUCCUCAUGGGUGACCACGGUAUGGACCGGAAAGGAGACCAUGGUGGCGACACUGAGCUCGAAGUAACCGCCGCCAUUUGGCUCUACAGCAAGGGCCGUCCAAUGAUGCACCCUGAAGCCCAGGUCCCGGAAACACUUCUUCCGCGGUCCGUCUUCCCAGGGGCGACUGUCGCUCAUCGAUCCAUCCAACAAAUUGACCUGGUGCCGACAUUAUCCCUAUUGCUUGGUCUCCCCAUUCCGUACAACAAUCUCGGAAGCUUGAUCCCCGAGCUGUUCUGGGACGACCGUGAAGGCCGGCAUUUCAACGGCGCCCUCGAGAUGAACUUUGCUCAAGUAGAGAGAUAUCUGCGCAGCUACCGGGCCAGCCCACAUGGCAGCGAACUCGAUAACUCUUGGGCAAAGCUUCGAAAACUGGCAGACACUGCCGUUGAGCGCCCUCCUGGGUUCUUCUGGACGUCGCUCAACGACUACAUGCGCUAUGCGCUCUCUGUAUGUCGCGAGCUAUGGGCCCAAUUCAACAUAACGUUAAUUGGCAUGGGCCUGGCGCUGCUCGCUCUUGGCAUGGCGGCUACUUGGGAGAUAUGGGUUAAACUUAGCACCGAGAAGGAGCAAUGGGAGACAUGGGAAAAGGCUGUUAUCAAGUCUAACGCCUACAGCGCUGGUGUGGGCCUUAUUAUCGGCGCUGCUUUCAUUCCCUUCCGCGGUCUUGUCAAAGGUCUAGAGAUCGCACAUGUCCUCCUCUUUGGCGCGGCCCUAGCGUCUACAUUGGCGUGUAUCUUCGUGUGUCGUCUCAAGCCUUCCGACAUUCACGUGAAGUCGCUACCAAUCCUCCUGGUGCUCCACGCCGCAGCUUUCGGAUCCAACUCAUUCACUGUCUGGGAAGAUCGCAUCAUUACCUUCCUUCUGCUCACUUCGAUGGUACCAAAUAUUCUGACGGGCUUCAGCGCCCCAACAGCUCGCCUGCGAUACCGGAUCCUCGGGUUUUCUGCGCUUUUCGCCCUCUGCGUCCGCUUCAUGGCGGUGAGCACAAUCUGUAGAGAGGAACAACAGCCGCACUGUCACGUAACUUUCUUCGCUAUGGCGUCGUUGACCGCGCCGCCGCUUCCGGUGCUUAUCACGGCGAUUCCGAUGGCAUUGGCUCUGCCUUUCGCCAUGCGGCGCUUCCUCCAGAUCUCGCAGUCGGAUAAGGGUCUUGCCGGAUUACUUCUGCCGUGGAUCAUGCCCACCGUCCUCCUCCAAGGAUGCCUCGCAUGGAUAUCGGAGUGGCUUGAGACUACGGAGGGGAUUGAUCCCUCGUGGUCGUCGGCGCUACGCGUCGGGCGCACUGCGCUCGGCUGGGGCGCCGUACUCGAAGCUCUUGUUGUCGGCUGCUCGCUUUGGUGGGUGAUCCCGCUGUGCCUUCGCGUGUCGACCGCCCAGCAAACCGAUCCGAAAGCAAAACCCGAAGUCACGGUUAUUGGCUUCGCCAAUGCGUACGGCGCUCCCUACCUCAUGUUCUGGUGCAUUCCCUUCGGCAUUUUCUACACCGUCAGCCAGCUCACCGCGCAGAUUGUUAUGGGUCUCGUCGCCAUCGCUAUAUUGUCUUACCUUGAAGUUACAGACAGCGUGCGCGACGUCCGCAGCCUUGAUGCCGCCUUUUCCUCCGCGACGCCGUCGGCCGCAUUGAAUAUCGAGUCGCUCCUGAGCGCAAGCACGAGCGUACACUUCGGCGAAAUUGUUCCUCUUGCUCUGCUCGCGUUACAUACCUUUUACGCGACCGGGCACCAGUCGACAAUCUCCUCGAUCCAGUGGAAGAGCGCGUUCGUGCUGACCCCAACUCUUGCGUAUCCACUCUCGCCCGUGUCUGUCACCGUCAACAUGCUGGGCGCGCAAUUCAUCAUCGCUCUCGCUGCGCCACUGCUCGCCCUCUGGAACGUCGCGCCGCUACCGCACCCUAUGCAGACACACGUUGCGCGUCGAGAGGCCACGCGCGCGGCGCUCGGUGUAAUGCUUUAUCACGGCAUCCUCCUGCUCGGCAGUGCUGCAGCAUCGGCGUGGCUGCGGCGCCACCUGAUGGUAUGGAAGAUUUUUGCGCCACGAUUUAUGAACGCCGCGGUGACGCUCAUCGCUGUUGACCUUGCGCUGCUGCUCGGCAUCGGCGUUGGGGUGCGGCGCGUCACUGAUCGCGUCGCGCAGCUGUUCUCAAACUUGGCGAGCAGCCCCUUGGUCGAGAAGAAGACGCAAUGAAAGUAUUUGCUUGGACCUAGAAGAAUAUGAAGUAAUGCAGUGGCUGCUUGGGCUAUCACCGUUGCUUAUCGUCUGUCUGCUGCAUAAAUGCUCCGCCUAAUAGAACAAUAUUGAUGCA